AUGGAAUACAGUGAUUCCAAAACAAAAGGCAACAAAACGGACCUCGAAAAGGAAAUCGAGGAAAUUGAAAGUGAAACAAAAUUCACUGAUAUCAUGGCAAGAGCAAAUGAAACGAUAUUCAUGCUAGAAGCAAGAGCCACAGAAGCAGCAAGUCAAGCUGAUAAAUUUGCAAGGAAGUUGGGAAUAAAAUUACAUAGAAACCAACGAAUAGUAACGCAUCUUGAAGAUGCAAAUAAUCGAUCGCCACAAACGGUAAGUGCCAGAACGGCAACAGAUCAAAGUAGUGACAAGACUUUCAGCCCAGAUGACGCAUUAUGGCUGUCACAGGAUCAUUCUGAUACUAGCAGAGAUGAGAAGAAGAGUUCAUAUGUAGAACUCUCAAACCAAGUCAAAUGA